CUAAUUUAAAAAUGGAUACUAAAGAAGAAGAGAAAAAGGAAAGCGCUUCACUCCAGAAGUCAUCCAAGGAAUUUAAACCUUCCGGCUCGAAAGCAGAUGCAGAUAAUUCGCAGCCAAAUGAGAUUGCUGAGCUUAACAAGCAGUAUACACAGUAUGUAAAUUAUUAUUUGAACCAAGGUCUCAACCAAGCAGAUGCUGAAGCAUGGGCUGCUUACUACAUGGAUCAAUACAUUUACCAAGAAGGAAAUGACCAAGUCCAAACCGAUCUUGAGGGACAGGAGCCUGUUAAGGGCAGCAAUCAAGAAGAGGUUCCAGCAGAAGAGGCAGGGGAAAACUCUGACAGCGAUGAUUUUGAAAUCGGCGAAUUAGGACCAAAAACAAAGAAACCUCAAGGCGAAACUACAAAAGGACAAUACAAAGGUGAACAUGAUGAAAAAUACGAUGAAAGUGAAGGAGAAGAUGGAUAUUACGAUGAGCUUGGUUUUUACUACAACCCUGACGGCUCCUACUACGAUCCUGAUGGUGUUUAUUUUGAUGCUGAAGGCUACGACGAAUUUGGAGGAUACUAUGAUGAUGAGGCAAAUUACAUAGAACCUGAAGGAGAUGAUACUAAUGCGAAAGAGUUUAAAGGAAGCAAACAAUCUAAUGAGGAAGAUGAUGGAUUUGAAGAAGACAAAGAAGAUAAAUACAAUAAGGAGUUUAUCAAAUAUAUAAUAAAUUCCAAACUUCCCGACGACACUGAAUUCUUAAACAAGACUAAAAAUAGCUGGGCAUAUCUGAAAGUUGGAAACCUAGAAGAAGGAACCACAAUAGAAGAUUUACGUGAAUAUUUCAGUAGCAAAAAGAUUCCAGUAAAAGAGAUGACUAUCAUAAUGUCUGAAAGUACUAAAAACCCAGUAGCAUUCCUCGAGAUAUAUAAGAUCUCUGUUGCUAAAAAGGUCCUCAAGGAAUGCGGGAAGAAGCUCAAAGAUAAUACAUUGAUCAUUGAAGUUGACAAUUUAAAUGAAAAACUAUAUAAUGGAAUUCCUACUAGCUAUAACAGCUAUGAAUAUGAAGAUGAUUUUGAUGCUAGAUAUACUCAAUACGAUCCUGAGCCAAAAGAGUAAGGCCAAGAAGCUAAAGAUGCUAAAGGAAAUCUAAAUAAAGCCUUUCUUUACGCAUAGCUAGUAGUAAAUAUCAGUUUAAACACCAUUUCUCUA